GGAUAUUCCACAUUCUGUGGGGGUGCCCUGCCUCUCAAACGCUCAGUAGACUAGUAGCACUAAAUGGAAUCAGAGUUGUCACUUUAUUUGUUAAGGGGUUGCAUAAGGAAAUGACUGGCUCUGCUGCGUCACUGAGGUUGUGCUCCCCAUCAGGUAUGAGUGUACCUGUCAACUCUCUUCAGACCCCUUGCAUCUUGCUAGCUAAUAGGUUUCCCUGGAGGUGCGGCUCCCCAGGGCUAUGUUGAGGUGUUCUGCCACUUCUUACUAAAACCUCCACCCUAAAUGGCUGUACCUUAUUACAGGACCAACAACCGGAGAAAAGAAGGUGAAGUGGGCUACUGAUAACGUAUAAUGGCCUCUGUGAAAGAUCCACUAACAAAGGAGCUGGAGGAGGAACUAAAACUGAAUACCGAUGAUAUCCGUAGCCAUGCCUGGUUCCAUGGUCCUAUCCCACGGCAGGAAGCCGAAGUUCUAAUAGAGAGAGAUGGAGAUUUCCUCAUCCGAGAGUCUCGCUCCAGUCCAGGAGACUUUGUACUGAGCUGCAGCUGGAAACAUGAGCCUAUCCACUUCAAGAUCAUCCGCGUGGUCCUCCGGCGUAAGGAGUCCUACACGCGAGUGCUGUAUCAGUUUGAACAGGAGAGCUUCGAUAACCUCCCAGCACUGGUACGAUUCUACGUGGGGAAUCGCAGACCGAUUUCAGAGGAAAGUGGAGCAAUAAUCUUUCAUCCAAUAAACCGCAUUGUACCCUUAAGAUGCAUUGAGGAAAAACACAGAUCGGCAGUAGGUCAGAGAUUACAACACAGAGAACAGGCAGCCAGAGGCACUGAUCAAAAUAAAAGAUUCAGUUUAAAUCUAUCCGGAGGAAUAUCGUUGGACCAGCUUGAAGUGGAUAGCAAUCUUCUGAGGAAUAAGGACAAGAGUGGCAGCCAUCCAAAUAUUCUGGACUGGAUUGACAAAAGGCCAUUGCAAUCUGCCCAGUCUGACAGUUACCUUUCUGGAGGACCCAGGGACUUCAUUCAAGCAAAUGGGACGCAGAAAAUCAUUCGCUCUUCGUCUGUAAUGUAUAGAGCAGGGAGUGAUCCAUUAAUCAACCCGAAAGUGGGCUUAAGACGCCUUGGUUCCCAGUCCAGUAUUGGAUCGAGAGGUUCUGAAGGACAGUUGUACUCCAAGGCACCUCCAAAGCCAUUCAGAGUUCCAUCUGUCAUGGUCACAGACACCCCACACGAUCCAAACUUGGAUGGAAAUGUCUAUAGUGAGCUGGUGCCCAAUAUACAAAUACAAAGUCAGACACCCUCACCGCCAAAGAGUCAUGUGGAGAGAUUACGAGCUGCAGAACGAUCGCAGGUCAGAACUCGAAUGACAGACACCAAUUUUUGCCUCCUGGAUUUAGAUAUAAACUCAAUUUCCAUGAAGGCAUGCCAGGAAGAAUUUGUGAAGGAUGAUGGCUGGUCAUUCACUCGGCCAGAACUGGAAGCUACAAGCUCAUUUAAACUUGACACCUUUACAUCAAUCUUACUUCCCUUUGACAACAGAUCUCUAGAUCCGAAUGUGCUUAAGCGUCUCAAAGAAAUAUUUCAUGAAAAUGAUGCAAAGACUAUUGCACAGCAUAUUCUGAAAGAGGAUUGUCAGGUGGCUCGCAUCAUCAAUGUGUCCGCAGAACAGAAGAAGAUGAUGGGCGUGAACUCAGGACUUGAUCUGAUUACGUUGCCUCAUGGACACCAGCUGAGGAUGGACCUCAUGGAUAGGCAUCAUUUAAUAGCACUGGGUAUUGCUGUGGACAUCCUAGGUUGCACAGGAAGUGUUGGACAAAGAUCGGCAGUGCUGCAUAAAGUUGUCCAACUUGCAGUUGAGCUGAAAGAUUCCAUGGGAGAUCUUUUUGCAUUCUCAGCAGUGAUGAAAGCAUUGGAGCUGCCUCAGAUUGUGCGUCUGGAACAUACGUGGAGGACUCUGCGCAGAAAUUACACAGAAAGUGCCAUCAAGUUCGAAAAGGAACUCAAACCUUUCUUCAAAUCCUUGAAUGAGGGAAAAAGCGAGCUUCCUCUGCAAAGUACCACCAUUCCGCACAUUUUGCCUAUUAUCAGGCUAAUGGAGACGCAUUCCGUGUCUGAUUUUAUGGAAAGCUGGGAUAACAUUGAGUUGGAGUGUGGAUUCUUGUUAAAAAUGCUGGAAGCAGCUCGCGUUGUGACAAUGCACAUUGCAACAUACAGAGCCAACGCUGAAGGCAAACUAAAAGAUGUUCAAGUUAAAGACGAACUGUUGGAGGCCUUCAAGACAGAAUUUGCUCUGAAAUUGUUCUGGGGAGCUAAUGCAACUGAAGUUGCUCGCAAUGAUAGAUAUGAGAAAUUUGAUAAAAUUCUAAGUGCCUUGUCACGGAAAUUGGAGCCGUUGGGCCAUUCAGAGCUUUAGGUGGGCAGGGCAGACAUCCCUCAGGAGGAGCGGCCAUUAUGAAAAACGUACCACUGGUGAAGAUCUCCUAAUGUUCAGUGACUCAUGAAUGAACAAUGUGCAUAAAAUGAGUUAAGUGCUUUAUCCCACAUAUGGGAAAUGUCUUGUUCUUCAGGGCACGGAUCCCCAACAGUGUGGAAAGUAUUACUUUUUGACAGGAAACGUUGCUUCUUUGAUUGCACCUUCCAACGCCACAUUCUCUAGCACUAAGGAAAACAAGACCGGCAGCAAGGGAAAACCAUCACAUCAAUGUCUCACACUGGAUGCAUAUCUGGAUAUACAAUCUGGAGAUAUAGUUCUGAAGUUCCUUCAUGUUCACCGAGUCAAAAUCCAGCAAAUCUGUAUCUCAAUAGUGCUCUGGAAGCACCCUGUGUACAUGGAUUACAACAGUUUGAGGCAAGUGACUCGUUUUCACCAUGUAAACAGCAAAUGUAGGUGGACAAUAAAUGCUGCUUUUGCCAGCAGCAACCA